AUGAGCCUGGACGACGUGCGGGUGCGGUGGCUGCGGGACCGAGCGCUCUCUCUGCUGGGUCUGAGCGAUCCGGCGCCUUUCGAGGAGCUGCUGAGCCGCGGCGAGGAUGCGCGGGUCGUGCUGCGCUUCCUCGGCCUUGGCGCCGAGGAUGCAAGCGGGGCGGGCACGGCGCUGCUGCUGCUGCGGACUGAGCGGCCCGGCCCGGCCGGUGGCACGAGUGAGCGUUUCUAUGUGGCUUUUAAUGAAAUUCCCGAAGAAUUUGUGUCAAAUUCUACUGUGUAUUUUCUGAGAGACACCAAAGAAACAGUUCCUGUACCUAAAGACCUGGCUGAAGCUAAUGAGAUUCUUCCUCAAGUGAUAAAGUCUGGUAUGCUGACUGAUGAUACUCUCUUGAUGCUAAAGAAUGCCAUCUCACAGCAGUCUUCACCAGCUCUCUCCCAUGGUCAGGAGCAGACUGAGAAAACUUCCUUUGAUUCAGAUAAUGAAAACUCAGAUUCUGAAGAAAUUAAAUUACCUGAGACUGAGCCUAGAAAGUCAGUGGAGGACUCUAAUACUGUAAUGGACAGUGAAACUCAGCUGAUCAUACCAGAACAUCUGAAACUGGAGAUGCCUACUGUAAAUCUAGAUAGAGAAGUGACUAUUCUUGCCACAGUUCCAGGAGUGGUUCAGUCUCUGAAACGUUGUGCAGUGACCUGGCAGAAAUUAAUAUCUGGAGUUCUGACGGAGCAGCAGAAAAAGGUUCCACAGGAUAAUGGUCCACUUGCAGAGAUUAACCUCUGGCGUGAAAAUGAUGCUACUUUAAGGGCUCUUACUGAACAGAUGAAGCUUCCAGAGGUGCAGAAAGUCUUGGCAAUACUGCAGGAAGCUGAAUCUGAGUUUACUGGAGAUUUACAGAUAGUCUUAAGUGACCUCAAAAAGCAUCACAUGGAAGCUCAAGAUAAUGCUAAGUUUCUCUCAACUCUCGAACGCCAUUUGAAGAACUUAUCAACUGGCACUGGGGUUGAUGUUAUCUCCAAUGUAAUCCCUUCCCUGCUGAAUGCCCUGAGGCUGGUGUGGAUCAUGUCACGGCACUACAACAGGGACGCGCGCAUGGUGCCUUUCUUGGAACGAAUUUCCUGGGAGAUUUCCCAAAGAGUGCGCAGAGUUGUGGAUCUGCAAACACUCUUUAAACAAGACACAGCUACUGCAAAAAAGAAAAUAACAGAAGCAAAGAACACUCUUGAACAAUGGAAAAAAUGUUAUUUUACUACUUGUAUCCAAGUUGAAGAGUCAGGAAGUAAGCGAUACUGGAAAUUUGACACGAAAAGUUUAUUUGAAAAAACGGAUUAUAUGGUUUCAAUCUGUCAAGAUCUGUAUGGUAUUUUUCAGGUCGCUGAAGAGCUUCAAAAUAUAUUUAUUCCUGGACUGAUAACUGUGACAGAAAAUCCAAAGGGUGUUGAUGAACUACAGAGAGAAGUAAAUAUAAUAAUUAGUCCUAUGGAAGACCUGAGCUUUGACCCUUUUAGAGUGGAAAAUGCACGUGACUGGGCAUUCGUUAUGGAAGAAUUUAGAGAAGAUAUUGUGGAUAUUGAAGAAAAGAUGACAAGAUUUGUUGAUGAAUCUUUUACAACCCUUCGAUCAGCAGAAACUGCUUUUGGCCUGCUGUUCAAGUACAAAUACCUCGAGAUUCCUGAAACUAUUAAGAAGCAGUUUAUCAAAAAGUUCAGAGUUGUUUUGGAUCAAUAUUGUAAAGAGCUUGAAAUUGUUGAGCAAAUCUUUGUUCAGAACCUCAAGGAUCCACCUCUGUACAAGAACCAUCCUCCAGUGGCUGGAGCAAUAUCCUGGUCCCGAUCCCUUUCCCAUCGGAUCGGACACACCAUUACUCUGUUCCGGAAAGAAGAGGAGUUGCUUGCCUCUAAACGUGGACAGGAAGUGCAACAAAAAUAUCUCCAAUUGACCAAGAAACUGGAGGAGUAUGAAGCUCAAAAAUACCGUCAGUGGAGAGACAGGGCAGAACACGUAAUUCCAUUGUUACUGAAAGAUACUCUACUGACUCUUUUCGCUGAUGAGGCUGCAACAAAUGUUAAUCCAGAGACUUCUGAGCAGAGCUCUGCAACAGACGAGCCUGUCACCGUCAGGAAAAGUGUUGGCUUUGCUCUGAAUUUUUCUCCUGAAAUCCUAGAGAUUAUCACUGAAACAAAAUACAUGGAACAGCUAGGGCUUCCAGUCCCAGAAAUGGCAAGAUAUGUGGCAUUACAGGAAGACAAAUACCUUAGGUACAUAAAUAAAUUGAAAGUCAUGCUGAGUCGCUAUCACAAAUUAAUGGAGAUGAUGACUGAAGCAGAAACUAAACUUCUUGAUCACUAUGUCAAAGAACUGUGGAGAAUAUUGAAAGCAGGACACAAAAGACUCACGUGGAAGUCCGUAGGUAUUGGUGAAUUUAUUGUCCAAUGUACACAAACCAUUGGGAGAUUAGAGAUACUUGUCCAUCAGGUUCAUCAUAUUUCUGAAGACAUAAGCAGCAAACUUCAGUCCAUAGAAUCAACAAAUCUCUUUAAGUUUCCAGAUUCAAAAAACGGCGACAAAUGUCCUGGAGCAAAAGAAUUUUUUGACUAUGUUAAGUGUGAGCGAGCAAAAGAUGUGGAACAACUGGUUAGAAAGUAUUCUGCAAUUCCACAAUUGCUACUAGAAGUGGAAAGACGAGUUGCCUAUACAAACAGUGGCAAAUCUCCAAAAUUAGCUUCCUAUUAUGCAUAUUGGGAAAAUAGGAUUUAUCACACGUUGACACAGUUAAUUGUGAAGAAUUUACAGGCUUUUAAUGCAACUGUUCUUGCAAAUGUGCCACUGUUACAAAUAGAAGCUGUUUUAUCUGUUUCUGAGAUAAGCCUGCAACCUAAUGACAGUGAGAUUGAAAAAAUGACUAUACAAUCUAUCCAGGACUGUGUUGAGGUCACUAAGCACUUCCUACGAUGGAUGCAUGGUACGUGUAUUGAAUGCCCUCCUCAGCACGUCAGGGUGGAUGAAGUUGUCACUUUCAGCUUUUACAGUGAUGUCUCCCAGAGCCCUCUGGUAAUUGAACAGGCUGUUCUCAUCACUCAGAAUGUCCAAAAAAUCCUGGCAUCUCUCAGGGAAUGUUUGAACCAAUGGAAUAAGUAUGACCAGCUGUGGAAAUCAGACAAAGACACAGUUCUGGACCGUUUAGCUGCAGAAAAGCCUCCCUGUGUUAUCUUUGAUGAGCACUUGCAGUUCUAUAUGACGGUAGUUCGGGAAGUAACUCAAUGGCCCUUGAUUAAAGAUGAACAAUUUAUCAGGCUUCAGCUGGCUCCUUUAGCCUCUGCAGUGCAGGAGAAUGCUAAAAGCUGGAUGAUGUCACUUGGGAAGUUGCUUAAUGAGUUAGCAAGAGAGGAGCUCCUCAGCCUUCGAGAUGAGAUUCAGAAAUUAUCAGAGAAUCUGAGUAGACCCCCUGAAAGCCUGGAUGAUCUCAGAGUUGUCCUGGGCGCAUUUGGAGUGAUCAGAGACAUUGCUGUAGAGGUGGAACUGAGAUACUUGGAGAUUGGGGAGAGAUACAGAACUCUUGGAUUGUACCAUCUUCCAGUACUUGAAGAAGAGCUAGAGGAGUCUGACAGUCUUAGGGAAGCGUGGGAGACUCUUCUUAUGGAAGCAGCAGAAAUCACUCGCAACCUAGAUUGUAAAGGAGGUGUAAAAGAAGCAUUCGUAAAGGUGACAGAGCAACAAAUUGCAGACUACAGCAAAGAGACAGAAGAUUUUUUCCAGAAACUCUUGGCUGAGGGGCCUGGUGUUGUUGGAGAUGAUCUUGAUAAAGGACUAGAACUCAUGGCUCUGUUUGAAAAAGAAUUAGCGAGAUUGGAACAAAGGCAGCGAGAACUGGGCAGUGCUGAGAAACUUCUGGGCAUGCCAGGAACAGUGUACCCAGACUUAAUAAAAGCACAGCAAGAUGCAAAAGCUAUGAAGCAGGUCUAUGACAUUUAUGCAGAGCAAAAAGCAGCUAAAGAGAAAUGGUCUCAGACACUCUGGAUAAACCUCAAUGUCAAGGUUCUUCAGGAUGGAACUGAAGGAUUUCUGAAAGCUGUUCGGAAACUGCCCAGACAAGUGCGUGGUAUGCCAAUAUGUAAGCAACUGGAUAAAAAGCUGAAGGCUUUUCUAAACUCCAUUCCUUUGUUGCUCGAUUUGAAAAAUGAAGCUUUAAGAGAAAGGCAUUGGGAAGACCUUAUGGAGAAAACAGGAACAAGGUUUGAAAUGAAAACAGAAACAUUCACUUUGGAAAAUAUGUUUGCCAUGGAACUUCACAAAUACACCGUGGUUAUCAGUGAUAUAGUUGGAACUGCUAUUAAAGAACUGAGCAUUGAGAAGGGACUGAAGGAAAUAAUAGAAACGUGGGAAAAUAUGAAAUUCCCUGUAGAAGUGUACACCAAAGGCACAGAGACACGAGGCUUUAUUCUGGGAUCUGUAGAGGAAAUUUUAGAGACUCUUGAUGACAACAAUGUCAAUCUUCAGAGUGUUUUGGGCAGUCGCUUUGUGGGUCCUUUCCUUUCAACUGCUCAAAAAUGGGAAAAAACUCUGUCAUUGAUUAGUGAAGUAAGCGAGAUCUGGUUAUCAGUUCAGAGAAAAUGGAUGUACCUGGAGAGCAUUUUUGUUGCUGGAGAUAUCAGAGCGCAGCUUCCGGAGGAAGUCAAAAUGUUUGACCGUGUAGACCAAAUGUUUAAACAGAUAAUGGAAGAAACUGUAAAAGACCCGAUAAUAAAAAAUUGCUGUGAAACUCCAAAUCGUCUGUCAGACCUCCAUGGUAUAAACGACGUACUGGAGAAAUGCCAGAAAAGCUUGAAUGAUUAUUUGGAUUCCAAGAGAAAUGCUUUCCCCAGAUUUUUCUUUAUAUCUGAUGAUGAGUUGCUCAGUAUCCUUGGCAGCAGCAGUGCACUCUGUGUCCAGGAACACAUGAUAAAGAUGUUUGAUAAUGUAGCCUCUCUGAGGUUCAAGGACGGUGAGGAUGAUGAGAAGAUUGCCACAGCCAUGAUCUCAGCAGAGGGGGAGGUGAUGCAGUUCAGGCAGGAUGUCCAUGCUGUGGGCAGAGUGGAGAAUUGGAUGACAGUAGUGCUGGAGGAAAUGAGACGGAGCAACCGACGCCUCACCAAGGAAGCCAUUUUUCGAUAUUGUGAAGACAGAAGCAGAGUUGAUUGGAUGUUGCUCUUCCAAGGCAUGAUGGUGCUUGCUGCUAAUCAAGUGUGGUGGACUUGGGAGGUAGAGGAUGUCUUUCGGAAAGUGAAAAUGGGAGAAAAGCAGGCAAUGAAAUUUUAUGCUAAAAAAAUGCACAGGCAAAUCGAUGACCUGGUUACCCGCAUUAUGACUCCCUUGAGCAAAAACGACCGGAAAAAAUACAACACUGUUCUCAUCAUCGACGUGCAUGCCAGAGACAUCAUCGAUAUAUUUGUCAGAGACAGCAUUCUGCAGGCUCAGGAGUUCGAGUGGGAGAGCCAGCUGCGGUUUUACUGGGAGCGCGAGCCGGACGAGCUGAUGGUGCGGCAGUGCACCGGCGCCUUCUCCUACGGCUACGAGUACAUGGGGCUCAACGGGCGGCUCGUCAUCACCCCGCUCACCGACCGCAUCUACCUCACCCUCACACAGGCUCUAUCAAUGUUUUUGGGAGGAGCACCAGCAGGGCCAGCAGGUACAGGGAAGACAGAAACAACCAAGGAUCUGGCCAAAGCACUGGGCUUGCUGUGUGUAGUGACAAACUGUGGAGAAGGCAUGGACUUCAAAGCAAUGGGUAAAAUUUUCUCAGGCCUCGCCCAGUGUGGUGCAUGGGGAUGCUUUGAUGAAUUCAAUCGCAUCGACGCUUCCGUCCUUUCAGUCAUUUCUUCCCAGAUUCAGACAAUCCGAAAUGCUUUAAUGAAUGGGUGGAAAAGAUUUCAGUUUGAAGGACAGGAGAUUUCCCUUGAUAGCCGUAUUGGCAUUUUCAUUACAAUGAAUCCUGGUUAUGCUGGCCGGACUGAGCUCCCUGAGUCUGUAAAAGCUCUCUUCAGGCCUGUGGUUGUUAUUGUACCAGAUCUUCAGCAGAUCUGUGAAAUAAUGCUGUUUUCUGAAGGGUUCCUUACAGCAAAGGUCCUUGCUAAAAAGAUGACAGUGCUGUACAAGUUGGCAAGGGAACAGCUUUCUAAACAACAUCACUAUGAUUUUGGACUGCGGGCCCUUAAAUCAGUGUUGGUAAUGGCUGGAGAAUUGAAAAGAGGAUCAGCAGACCUCAGUGAGGAUGUUGUACUGAUGAGAGCUCUGCGAGAUAUGAAUCUUCCUAAAUUUGUGUUUGAAGAUGUACCUCUCUUCCUUGGUCUAAUCUCUGACCUGUUUCCUGGCCUGGAUUGCCCCCGAGUCCGCUACCCUGACCUUAAUGAUGCUGUAGAACAAGUGCUGGAAGAACGGGGUUAUAUUGUUCUACCAGUCCAGGUGGAUAAAGUAAUUCAGAUGUAUGAGACAAUGUUAACUCGUCACACUACAAUGGUGGUUGGACCUACUGGAGGUGGCAAGACAGUUGUUAUUAAAACCUUGUGCCAGGCCCAAAACAAGCUGGGAUUAUUGACAAAGCUUUACACACUGAACCCUAAAGCUAUGAGUGUGAUUGAGCUGUAUGGGAUCCUUGACCCUGUCACACGAGACUGGACAGAUGGAGUUCUGUCAAACAUUUUUCGGGAUAUCAACAGACCCACUGACAAGAAAGAGCGAAGGUACAUUCUCUUUGAUGGAGAUGUGGAUGCUCUCUGGGUUGAAAACAUGAAUUCUGUCAUGGAUGACAACAAGUUACUGACCCUGGCAAACGGGGAGCGGAUUAGGCUUCAGGCACACUGUGCUUUGUUGUUUGAGGUUGGGGACUUACAGUAUGCAUCUCCUGCCACAGUAUCCCGCUGCGGAAUGGUUUUUGUAGAUCCUAAAAAUCUGAGAUAUGAGCCCUACUGGCAGAAGUGGGUCAAAAAAAGAGAAAAAGAGGAAGAGAAAGUGGAAUUGGAUCGACUCUUUCAAAAGUACGUGCCUUACCUUAUUGAUAUGAUUAUAGAGGGAAUUGUGGAUGGCAAACAGGAACGAAAGCUGAAGACCAUUAUUCCUCAAACAGAUUUAAAUAUGAUCGUGCAGUUGACUGUGAUGCUGGAUGUCCUACUUGUACAGCCUGAAAAACCUGAUGUUCUGGAGUGUUUCUUCUUGGAAGCUUUGUAUUGCUCCUUAGGUGCUUCUCUUCUAGAUGCUGGGAGAAUUAAAUUUGAUGAAAACGUUAAACGUAUUUCCUGCAUGACUAUUGCUCAUGGUGAGGAUGUCCUGGCUAAGCCAGGGGAGCUGCCAGGUCAGCUGCCAACUUUGUAUGACUUCCAUUUUGAUGAAUCCAAAAAAAUGUGGGUACCUUGGAUGCAACUUGUUCCUGAAUAUAUUCAUAAUCCUGAAGUGAAAUUUCUUGACAUUCUAGUGCCCACAGUGGAUACCACCCGCACUGCUUGGUUACUGGGACAGAUGGUAAAAGCAAAACGCCCAGUUGUUCUUGUAGGUGAAUCGGGUACAUCUAAGACAGCAACCACACAGAACUUCCUAAGCAAUCUGGACAGAGACCUUAAUCUGGUGCUGGUAAUUAACUUCUCUUCUCGUACAACAUCCCUGGACAUUCAGAGAAACCUGGAGACAAAUGUAGAAAAACGAACUAAAGACACUUUUGGCCCUCCCAUGGGAAAACGUCUCCUUGUGUUCAUGGAUGAUAUGAAUAUGCCAAGGGUUGAUGAGUAUGGCACACAACAACCCAUUGCCCUGCUGAAGCUGCUGCUAGAGAAAGGUUUCAUGUACGAUCGUGGUAAAGAGAUGAACCUUAAAUUUCUUCGAGACCUGGGUUUUGUUGCUGCCAUGGGCAAAGCUGGAGGAGGUCGGAAUGAAGUUGACCCUCGAUUCACCUCCCUCUUCAGUGUUUUUAACAUCCCUUUUCCUUCUGAGCAAUCACUGAAUUUGAUCUACUUCUCCAUCCUGAAAGGCCACACUGCGAACUUUAACGAGUCCAUAUCAGCCAUUUCUGACAAGAUUACUCAGUGUACUUUGGAACUUUAUAAAAUGAUUGUUACUGACCUGCCACCUACUCCUUCCAAAUUCCACUACAUUUUUAACCUGCGGGAUCUUUCCAGGGUCUAUAAUGGACUUGUUCUUACAGAUGCAGAAAGGUUUCACACAGUGACCCAGAUGGUGAGAGUUUGGAGAAAUGAGUGCCUGAGGGUUUUCCAUGACAGGCUGAUUAAUGAAGCAGACAAAGAAUUGGUACAAGGCCAUAUCAAAACCUUGGUUGAAGAGCAUUUCCCUGAUCACUUGGAGCAUGUCAUGAGGGAUCCGAUUCUUUUUGGAGAUUUCAGAACAGCUCUGAAUGAGGCAGAACCUCGUAUUUAUGAAGAUAUCCAAGAUUAUGAAUUAGCAAAAGCUCUCUUUAAGGAAAUUUUGGAUGACUACAAUGAGUACCAUAUUAAAAUGAAUCUGGUUCUUUUUGAUGAUGCUCUGGAGCAUUUAAUCCGUAUCCAUCGCAUCAUCCGGAUGGACCGCGGGCACGCCCUGCUCAUCGGGGUGGGAGGGUCAGGAAAGCAGUCCCUGACCAAACUGGCUGCUCACACAGCUGGAUGUGAGGUAUUUGAGAUCAUCUUGAGUCGAGGAUACGGACAAAAUAAUUUCCGAGAGGAUUUGAAAAGUUUGUAUGAGAAGCUGGGUAUUUAUGACAAGUCAGUGGUCUUCUUGUUCACAGAUGGCCAUGUGGCAGAAGAGAGUUUCCUGGAACUCAUCAACAACAUGCUGACUUCAGGAAUGGUGCCAGCCCUUUAUGCAGAUGAUGAAAAAGACUCCAUACUAACUCAGAUUGGAGAUGAAGCUGCUAAAGCUGGCAUGGGCCCAGCUAAAGAGAGUAUCUGGCAGUAUUUUGUAAGCAAAUGUGCAAGCAACCUUCACAUUGUCCUGGGAAUGUCCCCAGUUGGGGAGGACCUGAGAACGUGGUGCAGAAAUUUCCCAGGUCUUGUCAACAACACUGGUAUUGACUGGUUCUUGCCCUGGCCUGCCCAGGCCUUGUGUGCAGUUGCACAAUCCUUUCUGGCAAAAAACCCACGCAUCCCACCAGAGAGCUUCCAGUCGGUGGUUGACCACAUAGUCAUGGUGCAUGAAUCUGUAGGGGAUUUCAGCAAGAAAUUUCUGGAGAAACUGAGACGUAGAAAUCACGUCACACCAAAAAAUUAUCUUGAUUUUCUCAAUACCUAUGCAAAAUUGCUGGACGAGAAAAAUGAGUUCAUUUUAGCACAAUGUAAACGGCUGGAUGGGGGCUUGGUUAAACUGAAGGAAGCUGCUGUACAGCUGGCUGAGCUGAACGUGAAACUUGCUGAGCAAAAGAUUAUACUAACAGAAAAAACAGCUGCUUGUGAGGCUCUGUUAAGAGACAUUAAAUUAAACACAGAAAUAGCUGAGGAGAAGAAAAAAAUGGGUGAAGAGAAAGCUAUAGAGAUACAGGAGCAGAAUGCAAUAAUUGCUGUGGAGAAGGCAGAGGCUGAGGCAGCACUGGAUCAAAUCAAGCCUAUCAUGGAAGCUGCCAAACGGGAGGUUGAGAAGCUUGACAAGGCUGAAGUUACUGAACUCAGGUCCUUUGCGACACCCCCGAAGCAGGUGCAGGUUGUUCUGGACUGUAUUCUUAUAAUGAGAGGUUACAAAGAACAAAACUGGAAGAAUGCCAAAGCCAUGAUGGCUGACACAAAUUUCCUGCGACUUCUGUUGACGACAGAUUUUAGGGAAAUUCCAUGGAGCAAUGUGAAAGCUAUGAGAGCUCUCUUAAAGAAUCUUAACACUACCUGGGCUGAAAUGGAAGUUAUCAGCAGAGCAGGACUGGGAAUGUUAAAGUUUGCUGAAGCAGUGGUGACCUACUGUGAUGUAGUUAAAACAGUCAAGCCAAAGGAAGAAAAGGUGGCCAGGCUAGAACGGAACUACGAAUUAAGUAAGCGGGAACUGGAAAGGAUUCAGGCAGAGCUGGCUGCCAUUCAGGAGGAGCUUAAAGCUUUGGGGGAAAAAUUAGACCAGACAUUAAAAGAAAACAAAAAGUUACAAGAAGAAGCAGAGAUAAUGCAGAGAAGAUUAGAGGCUGCUGACAAGCUCAUCGCUGGCUUGAAAUCUGAGAAUGAGAGGUGGACAGAGGAAUUCAAGGAAUUAGAAAUAAGGAAGGUGAAGUUGCUUGGAGAUUGUCUGCUUGCUGCUGCCUUUCUGUGCUAUGUGGGAGCCUUCAGCUGGGAGUUCCGUCAUGAAAUGCUCUAUCAAGUGUGGCAAGAAGAUAUUGUCUCACGAGAGAUUCCUGUCAGCCAGCCAUUUAAGUUAGAGGGCCUCCUGACUGAUGAGGUGGAGGUUAGCAGGUGGGUUUCUGAAGGUUUGCCCCCAGACGAGCUGUCUGUCCAGAAUGGCAUCCUGACAACGUAUUCCAGCCGCUUCCCACUCUGUAUCGACCCACAGCAGCAGGCAUUACAUUGGAUUAAAAAAAAGGAAGAAAAAAAUAACCUGAGGAUGGCUUCCUUUAAUGACCCAGAUUUCCUGAAACAACUAGAACAGGCCAUAAAGUAUGGAACCCCUUUCCUGGUGCACAGUGUUGAUGAAUACAUCGACCCUGUGAUAGACAAUGUCUUAGAGAAGAAUGUCAAAGUUGCACAGGGGCGAGCAUUCAUUGUGCUGGGGGACAAAGAGGUUGACUAUGACAGUAAUUUUAAAAUGUACCUGAACACCAAAUUAGCAAACCCAAAGUAUUCUCCCUCUGUGUUUGGCAGAGCUAUUGUUAUCAAUUAUACAGUUACACUCAAGGGCCUAGAGGAUCAGCUGCUCAGUGUCAUUACGGGAUUUGAAAGGAGGGAAUUGGAGGAACAGAGAGAACGUCUCAUCCAGGAGACAAGUGAAAACAAAAACCUGCUGAAAAAUCUGGAAGACACUCUCCUUCAUGGACUGUCAACUUCCACAGGAAACAUGCUGGACAAUGUGGAAUUGGUGCAAACCUUGGAGGACACAAAAUUCAAAGCCACUGAGGUGAUUGAGAAACUGAAGCUGGCUGCGACGACCGCAGCAGAUAUCGACCUUCUCCGAGAUGGCUACAGACCAGCUGCCAAGAGAGGGGCCAUUCUCUUCUCUGUGCUGGCUGAAUUGGCAUUUGUCAACAUCAUGUACCAGUUCUCACUGGUCUCCUUCUUGGAGGUUUUUGGAUUCUCUCUUCGGAAAUCCAUGCCCAGUCCUAUUCUUCCUAAGAGGUUAAAGAACAUCAUGGAUACACUGACUUUGAGCACCUACAACUAUGGCUGCACAGCCUUGUUUGAGAAGCACAAGUUACUGUUCUCCUUUGACAUGACUAUCAAGAUAGAACAAGCUGAAGGAGUUCCACAAGAAGAAUUUGAUUUCUUUUUGAAAGGCAAUAUUUCCCUGGAGAAGAGUGCCCGAAAGAAACCGUUUGCUUGGCUACCAGAUCAAGGCUGGGAAGACCUAAUUCGCCUGUCUGAGCUAUUUCCUGAGAAAUUUGAAUGUCUUCCAGAUGAUGUGGAAGACAAUCCAGAUGUAUGGAAAAAUUGGUACGACACAGAUGCUCUGGAGCAGAUCCCAUUGCCAAUGGGCUACGAGGGCAAUGUCACAGACUUCCAGAAGCUUCUCCUGCUGCGCUGUUUCCGGGUGGACCGGAUGUACCGGGCGGUGAUGGACUACGUGACAGUGACAAUGGGCGAGACGUAUGUGCAACCCCCCGUGAUCAGCUUCGAUGCCAUCCUGCAGCAGAGCACCCCUUUCUCACCUGUGGUUUUUAUCCUAAGUCCUGGCUCUGAUCCUGUCAGUGACCUCAUGAAACUGGCUGAGAGAUCAGAAUUUAAAGCAGAUAGACUCAAAUUCCUGGCCAUGGGACAAGGCCAAGAAGAGAUUGCUUUGCAGUUGCUGGAGGAAGCAGUGGUUCAUGGACAUUGGCUCAUGUUGCAGAACUGUCACCUUUUGGUGAAAUGGCUCAUCCAUCUGGAAAAGGCUGUGGAGAAAAUUACAGAUCCCCACGAAGACUUUCGCCUCUGGCUGACAACUGACCCAACUGAAGGCUUCCCAAUUGGAAUCCUGCAGAAGGCCUUAAAGGUUGUUACAGAACCACCUAAUGGUCUGAAACUGAAUAUGAGAGCCACCUACUUCAAAAUUCCCCCUGAAGCCUUAGAGGAGUGCCCACAUCCUGCCUUUAAAUCCUUAGUCUAUGUCCUGGCAUUUUUCCAUGCUGUGGUUCAGGAGAGAAGAAAGUUUGGGAAGGUUGGCUGGAAUGUACCAUAUGAUUUUAAUGAAUCUGAUUUCCAGGUGUGCAUGGAAAUCCUUAACACGUACUUGACAAAAGCUUUUGAACAAAAGGAUGAUCAAAUCCCUUGGAGCAGUCUCAAAUAUCUUAUUGGGGAGGUCAUGUAUGGUGGGCGUGCAAUCGACAGCUUUGACCGGCGCAUCCUGACUGUCUACAUGGAUGAGUACCUCGGGGAUUUCCUGUUUGACACAUUCCAGGUCUUCCAUUUUUAUAAAAGCGACACAGUGGAUUAUAAAAUUCCAGAAGGGAAGGGAAAGGAUGACUUUGUUGAGGCCAUAGAAGCUCUGCCACUUUCCAACACCCCCGAGGUGCUGGGCCUUCACGCCAACGCCGAGAUCGGGUAUUACAUGCACGCGGUGCGGGACAUGUGGGUUCACCUGCUUGAGCUGCAGCCCCAGACUGGUGAAACUGGUGCAGGAAUUAGUCGAGAUGAAUACAUUGCAAAUGUUGCCAAGGAUAUAGAAAACAAAUUACCUCAAGUAUUUGAUAUUGACCAGAUACGUAAAGGAUUUGGAGUAAACAUCGCCCCUACGACUGUGGUGCUGUUGCAGGAACUGGAACGUUUUAAUAAACUCAUCGUUCGGAUGGGAAAGUCCUUGGCUGAGCUACAACGUGCCCUGGCUGGGGAAGUUGGAAUGAGCAGUGAACUGGACGAUGUGGCUCAGGCUCUCUUCAAUGGGCAGAUUCCUGGGAUCUGGCGGCGGCUGGCCCCCGACACCCUCAAAACACUUGGAAAUUGGAUUAUUUUCUUUAGAGCUCGCUAUGACCAGUACACCAGCUGGGUCAAUGAGGGUGAGCCUGAGGUGAUGUGGCUGUCGGGCCUGCACAUUCCUGAGUCCUACUUGACUGCUCUUGUUCAAGCCACCUGCAGGAAAAACAGGUGGCCCCUGGAUCACUCCACCCUCUACACAGAGGUAACCAAGUACAGGAAAGCAGAAGACAUCACUGAAGGGGCUGCUCAGGGCUGCUAUGUUUCUGGUCUGUUCCUGGAAGGAGCAGACUGGGACAUAGAGCAGGGCUGCCUCACCCAGAGCAAGCCCCGUGUCCCGGUGGUGGAGCUGCCCAUCCUGAAGAUCAUCCCCAUAGAAGCACACAGGCUCAGACUGCAGAACACACUCCGGACCCCGGUGUACACGACCUCCAUGCGCCGCAACGCCAUGGGCUUCGGCCUGGUCUUUGAAGCUGACCUGUACACCACCAGGCACAUUUCCCACUGGGUCCUCCAAGGAGUGUGUCUCACCCUCAAUGCUGAAUGACAGCCAAAAAUAGGCACCAUGUUCUUCCCCCAGAAUGAAAACCUUCAGAGGCGCAGGGAGAAACCCUGAACCCAGGCAGAGAUCGGCACCAUGGGUGGGGUUGCAUUCACUUAGGCACACCUGACUUUAGUUAGUAUUAGCUUGGUUGUAUUAU